CGGAAGCGGCCUAAGCCCCGCCCGUUGUAGUUGGUUUCUCAGUGCGCGUGGGUGCUAUGGAUCGCGUUGGUGCUGUGGAUCGCGUGUGUGCUGUGGGUCGCCUGGGUGAGGACAGCCCCACAGAAGACUCGGGCGAUGAAGAGGAGGACCUUGACUCCAAGAAGGCACCCCAGAUUCGUGAUACCCCAGAAGACAUCGUGCUGGAAGCGCCAGCCAGUGGCCUGGCGUUCCAUCCCUCCCGAGACCUUGUGGCCGCAGGGGACGUCGACGGGGACGUGUUCGUCUAUUCAUACUCUUGUCAGGAGGGAGAAACCAAGGAACUUUGGUCCUCUGGACACCACCUCAAGUCCUGCAGAGCUGUUGUCUUCUCAGAGGAUGGGCAGAAACUUGUUACUGUCUCUAAGGACAAAGCAAUCCAUGUAUUAGAUGUUGAACAGGGACAGUUGGAAAGACGAAUUUCCAAGGCUCACAGUGCCCCCAUUAACAGUCUGCUGCUCGUGGAUGAGAAUGUUCUAGUCACUGGGGAUGACACAGGCGGUGUCCGGCUCUGGGACCAGCGGAGAGAGGGCCCUCUAAUGGACAUGCAGCAGCAUGAGGAGUACAUCGCUGAUAUGGCCCUGGACCCUGCCAAAAAGCUGCUGCUGACUGCCAGUGGGGAUGGCUGCCUUGGUGUCUUCAACAUCAAGAGACGCAGAUUUGAGUUACUCUCAGAGCCUCAGUCAGGCGACCUAACUUCUGUCACCCUCAUGAAAUACGGGAAGAAGGUGGCUUGUGGAUCCAGUGAAGGUACCAUCUACCUCUUCAAUUGGAACGGUUUUGGGGCUACAAGUGACCGAUUUGCCCUGAGAGCGGAGUCCAUUGACUGCAUGGUUCCCGUCACUGAGAAUCUGCUGUGCGCCGGCUCCACUGAUGGAGUCAUCAGGGCUGUGAACAUCCUGCCAAACCGAGUAGUGGGCACGGUGGGCCAGCACGCUGGGGAGCCUGUGGAAGAGCUAGCCCUAUCCCAUUGUGGCCAAUUUUUGGCCAGUAGUGGCCAUGACCAGCGACUCAAAUUUUGGAACAUGACUCAGCUGCGAACUGUGGUAGUGGACGACUAUCGACGACGAAAGAAAAAGGGAGGGCCACUGCGUGCCCUGAGCAGCAAGGCCUGGGGCACGGAUGACUUCUUUGCAGGGCUGAGAGAAGACGGAGAGGAUGCCAGGGCUCCAGAGGAGGCGGUGAGAGAGAGUGACGACGACAGUGACUGAGGGCAUGAGGAGAGUGUCACGACAAAGAACUGUUUUCUGGGACAGCCCCUACGGAAAUUUAUUUUUUGAUGCUGUAGAUUGAACCUACAACCUUGAAUAUGAUAAACUUAGCUCUACCACUGAGUCAAACCCCAAGUCCCCAAACAGGAAUUUCCAAUACCCUAUUGUAAGUACUCAUGGCCCCAAAGUGGGAAAAUACCUGCUCACCCUACCAUUGUUAAACAAACAGUUAUGACAAGACAGCACAGACAGGCACAUGUAUAACAACCAGGGGUUUAAUAUGAAUACAACCAGUAUAGAAAAAAAAGGGCCCUUUGGCUCAGCCAGUUCUCCAAAUAAAAACAAAAGAUUCAUAGUAA